AUGGACAGGACAGUGCUCAACUCUGCUAAUGGAGAAGACCCUGAGCCUACUUCAAUUUCCAGCGGGGGCAAGAAAGGCGGUUGGACCACUUUUCCGUUCACUAUAGCAACUGUGGCAGGUAUAGCACUUGCUUUUGGAGGACUGACUGGCAACCUUAUUGUAUAUCUGAUUCAAGAAUUCAACAUCAGAAGCAUUAGUGCCGCUAAAAUUUUCAAUGUUGUUAAUGGCUGUACCACAAUACUUCCAAUUGCUGCAGCCAUCAUUGCUGACUCAUUUACGGGCUGUUACUCCGUCAUCUGGAUUUCUUCUCUCAUUUCAUCCCUGGGCCUAUUGAUAAUAGUCCUGACAGCAGCAAUCAGUAAAUUGAGACCUCCACAUUGUGAAAAUGGAUCGAACCUCUGUAAAUAUCCAUCAGAAGUCCAACUUGCAGUUCUUUAUAUCGGCUUAGCUCUAGGAUCUAUAGGGAUGGCAGGGACACGCUUCACUAUUGGAUCCAUGGGAGCAAAUCAGUUUGAUAAACCAAAGCAUCAAGGAAUUUUCUUCAACUGGUACAUUUUUACAAUGUACAUGGCCACUGGUAUAAGCUCUACUCUCAUUGUGUAUAUUGAGAACAGUGUUAGUUGGACGUUGGGGUUUGGGAUUUGUGUUGCCGCAAAUAUAUUUGCAUUGGCAAUAUUCUUAGCUGGCAGCGGUUUCUAUCAUCACCUCAAGCCACAAGGUAGCCCUUUUGUUCGUUUGGCUCGUGUUAUUGUUGCAUCUUUCAGGAAAAGGAAAAUGGUGCUCUCACUGAAAAGUGAAGACUAUUUUCAAGGGCCAGACACAGCAGACUACAAAGUGACUACCUUUCCCUCAAAAUUUUUCAAGUUCUUAAACCGCGCAGCACUCAGAGCAGAAGGGGAAACCGAACCAGAUGGCUCCACCAGACAACCUUGGAAACUAUGUACAGUGCAAGAUGUAGAAGAUUUCAAAAGGAUAAUCAAAAUUUUCCCACUAUGGUCCACGGGGUUCUUCUUGUCCACCCCACUCGUUAUUUUGGGGAGUCUAUCGGUCCUUCAGGCUCUUGCAAUGGACCGUCAUCUCGGACCACAUUUCCAAAUUCCUGCGGGUUCAGUAUUUCUCUUCACUUUGAUGCCAACUUGCUUUACCGUAUUCCUCCUGGACCGGUUCUUAUUCCCCCUGGGGGAGAAGUUCACUGGCCAUCCCGUCAGGCCUCUCCAGAGGGUUGGGAUCGGCCAUUUGUUAGACAUUGUUGGCCUUGCUGUUUUGGCCCUGGUAGAGGCCAAAAGGCUGAAGAUUGCGCGAUUGCAUGACCUUCAAGGCCAGGAUAAUGCCGUGGUACCAAUGUCAGUAUUCUGGCUUGUGCCACCACUAGCUAUCGCAGGCAUUGGAGAAGCAUUCUUUUUCCCUGGUCAAAUUGAUUUCUACUACCAAGAAUUCCCUGCUUCGCUGAAAAGCACAUCAACUGCAGCUGUAGCUUUAUAUAUGGGCAUUGCUUACUAUCUGGGCAAUGCUGUGAUUGAUCUUGUCCGAAGGACAAGAGGGUGGUUGCCAGAUGACUUGAACAAAGGGAGACUAGAUAAUGUGUACUGGCUGGUUUGUGUAUUAGCAGGUCUCAACUUCUGUUAUUAUCUUGUAUGUUCGUACUUUUACAAGUACCAAAAUGUUGAAACGGUGAAGGUAACUGAUGAGUCUACUGUGUAG